UGCUAUAUAUAUAUAUAUUUUUCUUACUAUCUUUUCUAAUAUAUUCUUAGCGAUCAAAAAAUCUUGGUGUGCUAUAAAUAAAUGAUUAAAUCUAAGUUCCUGGGAUUCAGCUUUCCUACUUCUUUACCUUGUAACUGAGCUGACUAGCUACUGCAAAUGCUAAGUACAGAUAUUUUACUACUCAACACCUUUGACUUUCCCACCAAAGUUCCCAGGAGAAAUCAAAGGGAUAUUUAUUUUUUGUGUUGUAUGUGUUUCUAAAGAAAAUAUAAAUUAAAUGCUACUAGAAUUCAAAAGUACUGUCAGCUUUGAUAAGUAGUCCCCUAAGCAAACUGUUUUGUCAGUAAUCAUAACCUAAUUACUGAAUGCAAAUGUAUUUUUUUUUUUUUUUAAAGAAAGGAGGAAAUAAACAUCCCUGUACUUAAGCAUACAACUUUGAGUAGUGGCAAUAAUAAUUUAAAAAGGACUCUUGGCAAUAAGCCAAGUGCCUGUUGAGACAGAGCAGCAAAUUAGUGGAACACUGGACUUGCUUACCCAGUGUUGUGACUUCAGAAGUUCCAAAGUGACACAUGCAUCACAAGCCUAUCACAAUGCUGGGGGGUGGGGGGUCAGGGGUCAUGGUUAAGAGCAGGGUGUUGCUGGAUAAGGUUGAGGAAGCAGAGGUGGCCCCUCUGUGCUCUGUGUGUGGGUCUGUGUACUCCUUUCCCGUCAAAGCUGGCCCAGCACAGCCAAAAGAGCGGUUCCUUGGCAAAGCUUAAUGGCGAGAUGAUGUAGUCUGUUGUGACUAGUGCAUUCCUUUCAGGUUAAACUAGGGAAAUGGCAUUGUGUUAAAAUUCCAAGUCGCAUGAAUGUUUUAUUGCCACAAGUGCAUUUAGCCCUCAAGGGGAGUGUGUGUGGCGGAGAGUGGGGAAGGAGGGGGGUGGGUGGGUGACUUAGAGACUCAGGAACUAUCAGAAGAACACUUCCCUUGGAAAAUUUUACCCACCAGCGUGAAGCUGAUUUGCUGUGAUAGUCACUUAGAAGGGUUUCGCUUUUCCUAAACUGUGGCUGUUUAAAGUCUCGCAGUCUGGACAAUUAACAGCUGAAGAAAAUAUGACAAGACACACGCAAAGAGGUUGGGAGAUAGAGAGAAGGAAUGCGCCAGAACGGAGCUGAGUUGCCUUCUUGUGUAAACUGCCAGAUGAACCCCCCUCCCCCAUCCUCCUUCCCUCCUUCCCAGAGCUGUGUUUUGCUGUCUGCUGAAGGCCAGGAGUGAUCUGUUAACUGUACACCACUGACUGGGAGGCCAAAGCAGCUCAUGGCCAUCCGCUGUACACUGGUAAAUUGCACGUGUGAAUGUUUCCAGCCUGGGAAGAUUAACCUGAGGACCUGUGAUCAUUGUAAACAUGGAUGGGUGGCACAUGCCUUGGACAAGCUCAGCACACAACACUUAUAUCACCCAACACAAGUGGAGAUUGUUCAGUCCAACGUUGUGUUUGAUAUCAGCAGUCUGAUGCUUUAUGGAACUCAGGCAGUACCAGUGAGACUGAAGAUAUUGUUGGACCGACUCUUCAGUGUGCUCAAACAAGAGGAGGUAUUGCAUAUUCUCCAUGGCUUAGGCUGGACACUACGGGACUACGUCCGGGGAUACAUCCUUCAGGAUGCUGCUGGCAAGGUGCUAGACCGCUGGGCCAUCAUGUCCCGAGAAGAAGAGAUUAUUACCCUUCAGCAGUUUCUGCGGUUUGGAGAAACCAAAUCCAUUGUAGAGCUGAUGGCGAUUCAAGAGAAAGAAGGACAGGCCGUUGCUGUACCAUCUUCAAAGACAGAUUCAGAUAUAAGGACUUUUAUUGAAAGCAAUAAUCGUACUAGGAGUCCAAGUCUCCUUGCUCACCUGGAAAACAGCAAUCCUUCCAGCAUUCAUCAUUUCGAAAACAUUCCCAACAGUCUUGCAUUCUUGCUUCCAUUCCAAUACAUAAAUCCAGUGUCUGCCCCACUGCUGGGAUUACCCCCAAAUGGUUUGCUGCUUGAGCAGCCAGGACUGAGACUUCGGGAACCUAGUCUUUCAACCCAGAAUGAAUAUAAUGAAAGCAGUGAGUCAGAAGUUUCUCCUACGCCUUAUAAGAAUGAGCAAACACCCAAUAGAAAUGCUCUGACUAGCAUCACCAACGUGGAGCCCAAAACAGAGCCAGCCUGUGUGUCCCCCAUUCAGACUUCUGCCCCAAUCAGUGAUUUAGCCAAACCUGAGCACACAAAAAGUUCCUUCCGAAUUCACCGAAUGAGAAGGAUGGGCUCAGCCUCUAGGAAGGGGAGAGUGUUUUGUAAUGCAUGUGGAAAAACUUUCUAUGAUAAAGGUACUCUCAAAAUUCAUUAUAAUGCAGUUCACUUGAAGAUCAAACACCGAUGUACUAUCGAAGGCUGCAAUAUGGUCUUCAGCUCCCUGCGAAGUCGCAAUCGCCACAGUGCAAACCCCAACCCCCGCCUUCACAUGCCUAUGCUAAGGAAUAACCGAGACAAAGAUUUAAUCCGGGCUACAUCAGGAGCUGCCACGCCGGUCAUAGCCAGCACUAAAUCCAACCUCACUCUCACAAGCCCCGGGCGACCACCAAUGGGUUUUACCACUCCCCCACUUGACCCUGUCCUACAGAACCCUCUCCCUAGCCAACUGGUGUUCUCUGGGUUAAAGACCGUCCAGCCUGUUCCUCCAUUUUAUAGAAGCUUGCUCACCCCUGCAGAAAUGGUGAGCCCUCCCUCCUCCCUGCCAACCAGCCCCAUCAUCCCAGCUAGCAGCACCAUGGAGCAGCACCCUCCAGCUCCCUCUGAGCCGGCCGUCUCGGUGAUGGUUAUGGCUGCCCACGAACCCAGCGCCGACCUGGCCCCCAAGAAGAAGCCCAGGAAGUCGAGCAUGCCAGUGAAGAUCGAGAAGGAGAUCAUCGACACGGCCGAUGAGUUUGACGAUGAGGAUGACGAGCCCCCCGAGGGCGGUGCCGGAGUGGGCGACCUGGGCCACGACAAUCACUGCCACUCCCAUGACGAGAUGAGCCCGGGGCUGUCCGUGAAAGACUUCUCCAAGCACGGCCGGGGCCGCUGCCUGUCCAGGACGGAGAUCCGAAGGGCAGACAGCAUGACUUCGGAAGACCAGGAGCACGAGAGGGACUACGAAAAUGAGUCGGAGUCUUCGGAGCCCAAGUUGUGUGAGGAGUCCAUGGAGGCCGAUGAGCGCAUGCACAGUGAAGGGAAUGAAAAAGCCAUGAUGAAUAAUGAGAGGCCUGAUGAAAAUCACAACGAGCCCUCUCACCAGGACGUAAUUAAGGUGAAGGAAGAGUUUACAGACCCCACGUAUGACAUGUUUUACAUGAGCCAAUAUGGACUAUAUAACGGAGGCAGUGCUAGUAUGGCUGCCCUUCAUGACAGUUUCACGUCCUCUUUGAACUAUGGCAGUCCGCAAAAGUUCUCCCCAGAAGGGGACUUGUGUUCUAGCCCAGACCCCAAGAUCUGUUAUGUGUGCAAGAAGAGUUUCAAAAGCUCCUACAGCGUGAAGCUACACUACAGGAACGUUCACUUAAAAGAGAUGCAUGUCUGCACAGUGGCCGGCUGUAAUGCUGCCUUUCCCUCACGGCGAAGCAGAGACAGACACAGUGCCAAUAUAAACUUGCACCGAAAACUGUUGACCAAAGAACUGGAUGACAUGGGCCUAGACUCAUCUCAGCCCUCCCUUAGCAAGGACCUCCGUGAUGAAUUUUUGGUGAAGAUCUAUGGUGCACAGCACCAAAUGGGGCUUGAUGUAAGGGAAGAUGCCUCCUCCCCAGCAGGUACUGAAGAUUCCCACAUGAAUGGCUACGGGAGAGGUAUGACUGAAGACUACAUGGUCCUAGACCUGAGUACCACCUCCAGCAUCCAGUCCAGCAGCAGCAUCCAUUCCUCCAGAGAAUCCGAUGCAGGGAGUGAUGAAGGGAUUCUCCUAGAUGACAUUGAUGGGGCGAGUGACAGUGGGGAAUCUGCACACAAGGCUGAAGCCCCUGCCCUCCCUGUAGGUAUCGGGGCUGAAGUUCCUGGAUCCCUCAUGUUCAACAGUGUGUCUGUGAGCAAUGGUGGAAUAAUGUGCAACAUUUGCCACAAAAUGUAUAGCAACAAGGGGACCCUGAGAGUGCACUACAAAACAGUGCAUUUGAGAGAAAUGCAUAAGUGCAAAGUCCCAGGUUGCAACAUGAUGUUUUCCUCUGUGCGUAGUCGAAAUCGGCACAGUCAGAACCCUAAUCUCCAUAAAAACAUUCCCUUCACUUCAGUAGAUUAGUUUAAGAAUGGACACUUCAAAUGCCAGCUCUCACCAGAUGGCCUCCAUGUUUGAACUGCCAUAUUCAAUCUGUGUCUGUGUGUGUGUGUGUGUGUGUGUGUGUGUGUGUAUACACACAC